AUGGCUUGGAUGGUAGCGGACCAGGACGUUCAUCAAGUAAGGACGCGGCUUGGUGUUCCCGGAUUAGCGGCUGCUCUCUUCGAGAGGAACUCCGAGAACCGCAUCGUCAAGUCUGACAAGGAGUUGUACCAGGAGAACGACAAGGAUGGACUGCCGCUGGUUCUUGUUGGAGUCCAGCAUACUGUUACCGGAGGCAUGGCGUGGUCACUUCGCGACAACCAAACUGGCCGUCCAUGUUUGGCGGACGGAGCGAAGAUGUCGACUGCUCACAUCGGUGAUACCAUGCACUCGAUUUCAGAAGAGACGAUCGGCGCAGAGGAAGCCGCUCGCAUAUCCGGCAGCUCCGGUAACGAGGCUGUGGAACAUCAGCCACUCUCCGCCGUACCUUCAGAACCCGUAACCCAAUCUGACGCUGUCAGCCCGAUGCAACAAUCUACUCACUGGGUGUAA